GUCGAUGAGUACUUUUUCAGCACCAAUUUUCAGCGGUUGUGUGCUGCUGCUUAUCAAAUUUGCUUCUUGAAAUCGUAAGUCACCAAAAAUUCACGCGAUGUGUGCUUAACAUGAAUCAUUAACAAUUAUUAAAAAGAAAAAAAUAUGAAUAACCAUUUAAAUAAAAACAUUAAUAAACUCUUGUGUAAAUAUAAACUGUGCGCAUAACCCCCAACAACCACUUGUCUCAAUUCUCACCACUCAAAACAAAAAGAAGAAAAGAAAGAAUAGAAAAGUUUUACAAUAUAAAAUUUACAAAUUAACAAAAAGGAAACAAACCCCUGAAAAAGUUAUAAACCUGCUUCUUUUAUAUUAAAAUACAAAAACAAAAUGGAUAUAGUACGAAUAAUUGGGGACACAUUCUGGUCAACAAAUAUAUGGCUUCCGCCGAACGUAACGUGGGAGGACAUAGCACCGGGAUCCCGUCCAGAUGUUAAUCACGCCGACUACAGGCAUCUGAUAUGGCCGCUUCCAUUAGCCUUAAUUGUAAUGGCAAUACGCUACACCCUAGAAAGAUUUUGGAUAGCUCCAAUAGGAAAAUCUCUUGGUAUCAGGAGUUCGAGACCAAAAAAGGCAUCACCAAAUCCAAUCUUACAAGAAGCGUAUGAAAAAUCAAGUCGGCUGGGACACAAAACCGUUCUUAGUUUAAUGAAACAAACAGAUUUAACUGAAAGACAAAUCCAAAGAUGGUGGCGUCUUAGAAGAGCACAAGAUAAACCAUCGACGUUGGUGAAAUUUUGUGAAAAUACUUGGCGUUGUCUUUAUUAUACGUACAGUUUUAUAUUUGGAUUAAUAGUAUUAUGGGAUAAACCUUGGUUUUGGGAUAUUAAAAAUUGCUGGUAUGGCUACCCACAUCAGUCAAUUGAAAGUGAUAUUUGGUGGUAUUAUAUGAUCUCUAUGUCAUUUUAUUGGUCUCUAACUGCAACUCAAUUUAUUGAUGUUAAAAGAAAAGACUUUUGGCAAAUGUUUAUCCAUCAUAUGGUAACGUUAUUGCUGAUGGCCUUGAGUUGGGUUUGUAAUUUGCAUCGAGUUGGAUCUUUGGUUCUUGUGGUGCAUGAUUGUGCUGAUAUAUUCCUAGAGGCAGCUAAAUUGACAAAAUACGCUAAUUUCCAAAAGACUUGUGAUUGUAUAUUUGCUGUCUUUACCGUGGUUUGGAUUGUAUCCCGACUGGGAUUCUACCCCCGGAUUAUCUACAGUUCAUCUAUUGAGGCACCAUCCAUCCUGCCAAUGUUCCCCGCGUACUAUAUUUUCAAUGGACUGCUUAUACUUCUCCUGCUUUUGCAUAUAGUGUGGACAUAUAUGAUUGUUAAAAUUGCAAUUGAAUCGAUCAAAAAAGGACUUAUGGCUGGUGACAUAAGAUCUAGCAGCAGUGAGAUAUCAGAUAGUUCAGAAAGUGCGAAGCUCCUGAUGCAAGCAAAUGGCAAGCUCACCGAAAAGACUGCGAAUUCAACAAGCUUACCCGCAACAGCAAGCGAAAUAGCAGACCACCUUCACACCACAAAUUGAUAAUCGAGGAAUUCAGUUAAAUGUUCAAAGUAGAAAGUAAAGUAUAUAGAACGUUAUUAUCAUUAAGUUUUAUUUUAUUUUCAUUUGUAAUUAAUAAUAAUAAUUAAGAACGUAUUAAGUAAAAGGAAAGAGAACAACAACUAAAAAUAUUCAUUCCGUAUUUUCGAUUGUAUUUCUUGUUUCUUUGUUCUUUUAAUUUAAUUUAAAAUAAAUUAUAAUAAUCUGCUAGCAGUAGUUUUGUGUUCAACUUAAAACAAACAGAAAAAAAUUAUUCACCACUCAUUUUGAAGCAGAAACCAAAAAAUCGUUUUAAACGUUCUAUGAUUGUAUAAAAAUAAAAUAAAAUUAAAUUAUAACAAGCAAACAAAACAAAAACAAAAAAAAAAUGUUUAUAUAAACAAGAUAUGAUGUAUGAUGUGUAUAAACAUUAGGUCGUAAAUAUAGCUAAGAUUAUAAUGUUGUUACUAAAAUAUUAAAACUUUUAAACCUUGUAAAUCUUAUCUUAGCAAAAGUUAAUAUUUUUUUUUAACUUUUUGCAUAACUUAAAAAAUGCAUAAUACUUAAAUAUAAGUAAUUUGUGACCAAAAGGUUUUAAUUUUUUCUAAAUAUAUAAUUAUAUUAGUAGACAAUAUUGCAUUGGGCUUGUCACAGUCUCAAAAUGUGUAUUUUUCACACCUUCCCAUAAAAUGCUAGUUGAUUGAUGAUGAUAAUGAUGAUGAUGCAGCACCACGAGCACUUAUUUUGUUUUUUUUUUAUGCAUGACUUUUAGUUUUAAAUCACAUCACGUAUUUUGCAACCACUUAUAAGGAAGAAGAUGUUUUGAAUAUGUUUUUUUUUUUUAAUUACUUUGUUUUCUAACACCCACCAACCAUUUUAUUACAAAAAGAGUAGUACAUAACACAAUCGGGGUAAAUAUGAAGAAAAAAAAACUCAAAAUAGAAUCUUCCCCAGUGUGGUUUUGUAUACAAAGAUAGCUUUCGAAACGUGUGUAUUAAUGAAAAAUUAAAACUUGUAUGAAAAAAUCGUCUUAUAAAAAAAUCAAAGAAAACCAAUUUGGUAUUCAAUUUUAAUUUAAAAUGUAUAAAAGAAAGUUAAUAUUUUUUUUAUAGUAAACUAUUAUUUUUAAUAUUAUUCUACAUUGUAAUAAAAAAUAAGAGUUAAAAUAUAAUUGUUUUAUUUAAUUAAAUUCA